CUUCACUCAGCUUUCACUCUCCUCCUCCACGGUCACGUGCGUCCGUCCCUGCCAUCUCCAUGCUCGCUCUCUCGGCUAAAGCUCAACAGUCAACAGUGCUCCCCAUGAAACCCAGAAUAUGAACAGUUCAACUUCAUUUACAAAAAUACUCAAUCUAAGCCACUAACCCAUCUUCCGAAGUUUCCAACUUUUGACUGCCUACCUCUUCUUUCGCGUCUCACAUUCUCUGACUCUCUGUAUUUUGCAUUUCUUGAGAUUCAGCUUGGGUAUGAAGUUAGCACGUAGAGAUACAACACUUUUGAACUAAUGUCCUUGGCGUCAAUGUCGACUUCGUUGAGUCGUUCGACGGAGCAGCCGUUGAGUCCCAAGUCGCCGCCGCCGCCGGGGCUCUUGGAUUUCUAUGGGAGGCGGAAGCAGAUGAUUAAGAUUCAGGUUUUAGAGAGAGAGAUCGCUUUGCUUCAGUUUCAAUUAACCAAACGGAGCUCAGUUUCAUACUUGCACGUGUAUUGCCCGCAGGAGGAGUUAAAAUCACUUGAAGGUCUUCACCCUGCUUCUAGAUGCUGCAAAGAGCUCGAUACCUUUGUAGGGUCUGGUUCAGAUCCUUUCACACCCACAAGUCAGAGAAUCACCAAAUCCCACAGCUUUUGGAAGCACAUCAGACUGAAGGUAUUAUGUUGAAUGCAAAUGUACAAUCACAUGGUAAUCAAUAAUCAGCAGGUUAAGCUUGUUGUGUCUUGUGAGUCUUCCAUGGGUUUGCCGCACCAGAUGUGUGCUUCCUAAGAGAACGGUAAAAGUUUGUUGUGGAAGGGGCUGCUGCAUGAAGACCAAAACUGUCCGGAGCUGUUGCAAUAUUGUGAAACGUUGUGCUUACUGUCUUGUGUGCUUUUCCUGUGAGUGUUGUGUACACAAAUGUUGCCAUAGACGCUGUCAUCAAUAAUACAAGAAACUUGACAUCCAUGAUCCAGGCUCAAAUUAACAUACUACAUCUUCUCCAUCUUCCUUUUCCCCCUCCUUCUGAUGAGUAUACAGUAUUUCUGUCAAAGAAAGCUGCCUUGACACGAAUCUCUUGCUAAAUGCCCGCCUCCUAUGAAAUUAGUGUGUGUCUAAAUGUGUGUGUGUGUGUGUGUGUGUGUGUGUGGAGGGGCUGAGGGCUAAUUCUCUCAAAUCUUUCUUUCUCUUUGAAUUUUUAUGCAAAUUGCUGCUAUUGGUUUGUUACUACUUCCUCCUGUAUAAUAUAGGACAUUUUCUACAGCAGAUUGUCGGUUUAAUAUGUAGACAUUGUGUAGUUCUAAGAAA